AUGUCACUUGCCGAGAUUCUACCGCUUGAAAUAAUCGACAAGACCGUGGGACAACCCAUGUGGGUGAUGCUCACGUCGCACCGCGAAUUCAGUGGCACAUUGAUCGGCUACGAUGAUUUUGUAAAUGUCGUGCUGGAGGACGUUGUGGAGUAUGACCACGACCAGGAGAUCAAGAGACACGCAGGCAAAAUGCUGUUGAGCGGCAAUAACAUAUCGAUGCUAGUGCCAGGCGGUAAGCGUGUAUAG